AUGGAUGAAGACCAGCGUACUGCUGAAACAGAAGAUGUCAUUGAGUCCAUCAAGGAACAUCAUGAGAUGAAGGAAUUAUCUUCCCAUAAUGUGAUGUUAAGCGCAUUGGCGGAUGCUAACAAGACCCUCGAGAAGCUUACGACUUUGCAUAGCCGUACCAGCAUUGAGUUCAUUUUACUUGCUGUACAAGGAGACACUAAACACUGGAACCAGCCUCAUAUUUUCAACACCACUUGUGCAGCAGAGUUUUUUGAUUCCUGCUUGAAGACUUCACUAGGAACGCUUGCUUUCCGCUUCGAAGGAUAUUGUGUUGCAGGUGUGCAAGGCCUUGCGAAAACACAUGUAGAAGAGGUCCUUGACUUGAAGAAGAACUUGAGUGAAAUGAUCUUGCAAAAGCUUUAUGCUGAGUUUGGAGAUUGGGAGACUAGCAGGCUUGAUGCCGCUAUGGCUCAGAUGUCUGACAAUACUAAUAUAGAUCCCUCGACAAACAAUGUGGCACUGCUUCCUGGUUCGCAAUCAUCCGACUUAGCUACAGAGGCCAAUGGCUCAUCUACACUCACGCCUAUCCCAGUUGAUCAGCCCCCUCCACCAGCACCACAACACAGGAAACGGCUGGCAGCAGAGCUCACUGGUGUCUUCUCUGCCUCAGCAGAGGGAGUCGUGGUUCAGAAGAAAGCCCACAAAGAGUGCUCCGAUAAGGGCAAGAAGCGCAGUCCAAGGAAAGGCACCAGGGCGGCUACUCCUGCAGCAGCUUCCGCAUCUCCCCCCGACUCCGCUGUCUCUGCAGAGUCUGUUGACUCUGCUCCAGGUACUGUCUCUGGGCAAACUCCUCCUCAACCACAGUACCUUUCCUUCAUCUCCUGCCUUCAGGUAGCCUGGUGGUGUGUGCAUGUAUAUUUCCUCCUUGACAUCGGCAUAAAGGUAGGUGCUCUUAAUGUCCACUUGGUGGAUUUCCCAGUCGCGUUGAGCUGCCAUCCCUAG